AUGACCACAGCGCAACAAGCGCCUGCGAUGUCGACAGCGGAUGGAGAUGACGCGGCACAUCAAAUGCCAUCGUCACACCCGCCAACCACUGCCAUGUCACUCCCUCGCCCUCUGCCACCUUUGGUGUUGACGACAACACACGACGACGGCCAUGUGACAACGAUGGAGAUAGGUGGAUGA